GAGGUGCCAUGUAGUGUGUGCGUCAGAGACUCCAAGGGAUUUGCGAUAAAUCGUGUUUGGAUUUUUAAUUAUUAAAAAUUCCUGCGCACACGAUGUGCUUUGUUUAGUUUUGUGUUUUUUUUUUUUUUUAAUGGCUCUAAAACCGGAUUAGGGUUUCGGGUUUUGUUGCAAAGGUUAGGGAGGAAUGGGUCGCCGGAGCGCGUUGUUCUUGCUGGUCCUGGCACUGCUUUGCGCACAGUCUCUCGGACAGGUGUUCAACCUGUCGCUCUCUGUAAAAGAGGGUCUGCCUGCUAAGACCAUCGUAGGAGAUCUGGGUGCAGUUUUAACUAGACCCAGCACCGGGUUCUUCAUCUCAGAGAGCAGAGACUCGUACGUGUUCAGAGACCUGGAGAUAGACGCAGACAGGGGCAUCAUCUCCACAGCUGUGGUCCUGGACAGGGAGCGCAGGGACCAGUAUGAGUUCGUGGCAGCCACCCUCACAGGGGAGAUGAUCAGUGUGAGGAUAGAGGUGGAUGAUGUGAAUGACCACUCACCUGUGUUUCCCACUGAUGAGGUGCUGUUGGAGAUAUCAGAAUUAAGCCCACCAGGGAGCCGGUUUCAGAUUGAAGGUGCCAAGGACCAGGAUAAGGGGGAGUUUGGUACUCAGGGGUACAGGAUCACAGAGGCUGAGAUGAGUGAGCUCUUCCAGCUGGAUUACCGCAGUGGAUCUGAAAACCAGCAUGGCUUGGAUCUCAUUCUGAAGAGGAAAGUUGACAGAGAAACACAGGACUUCUACCUUCUAACAAUAGAGGCCUUUGAUGGGGGGGUCCCAGUGAAGACAGGGACCCUGCAGGUGAAAGUCCACAUCCUGGAUGAGAACGACAACCCUCCCGUGUUCAACCAGACUGAGUACCACACCUCAGUGGGCGAGGAUGCUUCCACUGGGUCUAUYAUCUGUCAAGUGCACGCAUCUGACCGUGACCUGGGAGACAGYGGCAGAAUCACCUAUGAGAUCAACCGGCGGCAGAGUGACCCCAACUAUGUGUUCUCCAUUAACGGAACCACCGGAUUGGUUCAUCUAAACAAGCGGCUCGAUUUCGAGGCCCAGCCAUUCCACGAGCUGAUCGUCAGCGCCAGAGACAACGGAGCUCAGCCUGAGUUCAGCAGUGCCUUCGUGGGCAUCAGGGUGCUGAAUGUCAACGACAACAGCCCCACCAUCAGCGUGCUGUUCCUCAGUGAGACAGGAGACGCUGUGGUGUCCGAGGCAGCAGCCGUUGGAGAUUAUGUUGCUCGGAUCUCUGUGUCAGACCCGGACUUUGAAGACGAGAAGGUCACUGUCACUCUGGAGGGAGGGGAUGGGAAGUUCACCCUGAAGCAAACUGAUGAUUUCCUGUACGCCUUGUGUGUUAACUCAGAGCUGGACAGGGAAGAGAAGGACCUCUAUGAGCUGAAGGUCCAAGCAUCUGAUUUAGGAAAUCCUCCACUGAGCAGUGAGGAGGUCUUCUUACUGAAAGUGACCGACACCAACGACUGCCACCCAGUUUUCGACAAGGACGUUUACAUCAUAAGCAUCCCCGAAGAUGCUCCCGUGGGGAGUUCCCUCAUCCAGAUUCAGGCCCGGGACGCAGACGAAGGUGGCAACUCAGACGUCAGAUACUCCAUCAUGAAGUCACAGCAGAGCGACCUGAUCAGCAUCGACUCCGAGUCGGGCCUGAUCACCACUGCUGCAGCUUUGGACAGAGAGAAGCAGGUGGAGGUGUGGUUCCUGGUCCUGGCAGCAGAUCGAGGGGAUCCGGCGCUGUCCUCCACGGCUACGGUCACGGUGCUGGUGGAGGACAUCAACGACAACGAGCCGGUGUUCCAGCAGCAGCUGUACAACGUGUCCCUACCAGAGCACAGCGAUGUUGGGAGCUGCUUCUUGCAAGUCGUAGCCACAGACGCAGACAGCCCAGAGUUCAGUGCUGUCCUCUACUCAUUGUCUGAUGGCUUUGACAAUCAGGAAAAACACCCUCUCUUCCAAAUCCAUCCACACACCGGAGAGCUGUGUGUCUCCCAGGACAUCGAUCGAGACUCAGGACAGACUGUCCAUGACAUAGUGGUCAAAGCUGAAGACCCCGGAGGCCUGAGCGCUCAGACGUACGUUCAUAUAGAGAUAGAAGACGUGAACGACAACCCUCCRGUGUUCAGCCCUGAGGAGUACACAGUGAGCAUCAGCAGCCACGCUCCUCCUGGAACAGAACUUGGUAAUGUCGUCGCCACCGACCGAGACGCCGGCAGAUUUGGACAGAUCACCUACCACAUUCACCCUGGAGACGUGUCUGAUUUGUUUGCACUGGAUAAACAAACAGGAACACUUUUCCUGAACUCCUCUCUAACCCACCUGGGUGCAGCCAGCAUGAAGCUCUUCAUCACCGCACAGGAUGAAGAGGGCUUGACCUCACCCCGGCCUGCAGAGGUCACUGUUAAUAUUUUACRAAGCUCUCAGGCUCCAGCAGUGUUUGAGGUCCCCUACACCUUCACAGUGCCUGAGGACGCACCUGUUGGGACAUCUGUGGGGACGGUGGUGGCCAGUAACCCAACCGACUCCGCUGGAUCAGUGUCUUACCGACUUUCUUCUGGAGACCCUCAUGCUUUGUUCUCCGUACAUCCCAAGUCUGGUCUUAUCAGCAGCAUCAAGCCUCUGGACCACGAGUCUCAGCCGUUCGUUCUGCUGGUCCUUCAGUCCUACACUGACACGUCUCCUGUUUACAGCACCACGCAGAUCAACAUCACCGUAGAUGACGUCAACGACAAUGCCCCCAUCUUUGCCAAAAGGAGCAACGCCAUCACUGUGUCCCAAAACACUCAACCUGGAAUGGUGCUGUUCAUCGCCCAUGCACAUGACCAUGACAGCGGCGCCAAUGGGAGGGUGCAGUAUUACCUGAAAAGUAGCCAAAAUGGUACCUUUGCGAUUGAUGCCAACCUCGGAACAGUUACACUGAACCAGACUUUGGGGGUCAGACAUCCACGAUGGUACAACCUGGAAAUCGUAGCUAAAGAUGAAGGAGAACCUCCCCUGAGCUCCMCGCUAACCCUCUCUGUUUAUGUAGACCAGACUGCUGCAGAAGAAAGCCUGUCCUUUGAGACGUUGGUCUACCAGGUGGAGAUAGGUGAGAGUCACCGAAGAGACUCACGGGUCAUCCAAGUGAGGGCGCACCGGACCCAAAGAGCUCACACAUCAAACUCAGGCCUUGUCUACUCUUUAGAAGCAGAGCCCGGGUUCACUUUGCCUCCUUUUCGCAUUCACCCAAAAACUGGAUGGUUGUAUUUGUCCCGCAGUCUCGACUACGAGACAGAGUCAAGUUAUCGAUUUCAGGUUUUAGCCACAUCCAAGGAGGCCUCUGUGGCAAACAUCACUGCAACAGCAACUGUGACGGUACAAGUUCUGGACGUCAAUGAUAAUGCUCCAGUGUUCAGCAGCGAGGUGUACUACUUCACCGUCUGUGAGGGAUCGUCGCCGCAAGGCCUCAUAGGGAGAGUGACAGCCAUCGAUAAGGAUUCUGGGAAGAACAGCCAGCUGUCCUACAUCCUACUCUCAGAUGGGAAAUUCUUUCGCAUCAAUGCUAAAACGGGUGAAAUCAUCAACUGGGUGGCGCUGGACCGAGAGCAGCACAGUCAGCACAGUGUGAAGGUGAUGGUGACAGACCAGGGUCGCCCUCGGCUAAACGCCACCGCCACUGUUCACAUCCUGAUCACUGAUGUCAAUGACAAUGCUCCGCAGUUCACACAUCUGCCUGCAAGCAAAGAGCUGAGCGUUCACAUUUGGGCUGGUGUACCUGCAGGAUUCCUGGUGAUGAACAUGUUUGCCAAAGAUUUGGAUGCUGGAGAGAAUGGAACUGUAACCCAUUCUCUGAUAACAGUUGGUUUAACAGACGAACACUUUGAGAUUGACAGCGAAACUGGAGACAUAAGAUCAACACAUCUUUUCAUCCAAACCACUGAAACUUUCUACACUCUGAGGAUAACUGCCAGAGACAGAGGAGCCACACCCCAGGAGGAAACAGCAGUGCUUCACGUUCAGGUGUAUGGGUUAGAGGAUCUGUACAGCAGCUCUGACCACCMGGCACUCAGACAUUUCUCUGUGAGGGAGGAUGCAGAUCCUGCAACUAUAAUCGGCUCCGCCUCUGUUUCAGAAGAAGGCCGGUUCCAGUACAGCAUUGCUGAGGGUGAUGGGAGUGUUUACUUUGGAAUCGACGCCACCUCCGGUGAGAUUUACGUUAACCAGCCGCUGGACUAUGAGUCUGCCAUGCAGUACUUCCUCAUAAUCCGAGCUGAAGACGUCGGCCCUGCUCCUGGAGUGAAUGUGUCCGUGUUGGUCAGCGUGGCGGUGGAGGAUGUGAAUGACCACACCCCCUGGUUCCCUGAAAAGCUGCUGAUGUUCGGGCUGAGGGAAGACGCUGUGGUCGGAUCCCUGGCCUUUGCUUUUCACGCCAGAGACGCUGACGGCACUUACCCUAACAGUGCCCUCUUCUACUCUCUGACCUUUGACCCUGAAAUUAGUGGGUCACCGUCACACCUCCCCUUUCACCUGAACCCACGGACGGGCAGCCUGACCGUGGUGGCACCGUUGGACCGGGAGAGCACCCCCUCUUUUGUUUUUGCGGUGACGGCCACGGACCAGGCAGAGAGGCUGGAUGAGCGUAAACAGACGGCGGUGACAGUUCAGCUCUUCCUGCUGGACGUAAACGACAACCGUCCGGUGUUUGUGUCCGCUGACAGAGUCCAGCUGAUGGAGGACACAGAAGUGGGGAGUCUGGUGCAUCAUUUUGCAGCUAUAGAUGGGGAUCAAGGUGAAAACGGGGAGGUGUCUUUCUCCAUUAUGGCUGGAAACAAAAAAGGCCUCUUUACACUGGAGGAGAAAACAGGCCUUUUGUUUCUCUCCACACCCUUGGACUACGAGACCCGGCGUGUCCACCGUCUGACCGUCCGUGCGGUGGAUCACGGCCUCCCCUCACUGUCCUCCACCCAGACUCUGACCGUAGAGGUGGGGGAUGUGAAUGACCACCCACCUGUCUUCAGUCAGACCACCUAUAACACCAGUGUGGCAGAGAACAGAGACCCUGGAGAAACUGUGGUCAGGGUUUCUGCCACUGACAUGGACUCAGAGGAGAACUCUGUGGUGUGGUACAGUCUUCUGCCGGGUCCUGGCUAUGAGUUCUUCAGCAUCAACCCAUACACCGGCCUCAUCACCACCACCUCCCACCUGGACAGAGAAAAACAUCAACAUUUUAUACUCAGAGUGGAGGCUCGGGACAGCGGCGCUCGGCCUUUCUCGGGGACAGCCGUAGUUUUGUGUUCUGUGCUGGAUGAUAAUGACAAUCCACCAGAGUUUAUGCAGUCAUCAUUACAGAUCCGCCUGCCAGAAAACCUCCCUCCUGGAGUUAUACACACAGUUCAGGCCUCUGACCCAGACCACGGAGAAAAUGGCACCAUACACUACUCCAUAWUAGGUAAGGAGCCUAUAUGUGGCUCAGUAUCCCAAGCUCUGAUUCCAUUUAAUCCAUCACAGUCACUUAAUCCCUGUUCACUGCCUCCAGGUGAGGACCACAGAGGUCGAUUCACCAUCGACAGUCACAGUGGUUCUAUCAGUACCAUACAGAUUCUUGACCGAGAGGAAGCACAGAAUUACACUCUCACCAUUCAGGCCCAGGAUUAUGGUCCAACCUCACUCAGCUCCACCACCCAGCUCYAUCUGGUGCUGCUGGACCAAAACGAUAAUGUCCCCACAUUUAGCAUUGAGAGCUACCACGCCUCCAUCAGCGAAGGUUUACCGGCUGGAGCUGAGGUCCUAAGUCUUAGUGCCUWUGACCCCGACGAUGGGCCCAAUGGKGAUGURACCUACUCGCUGACCGAAGACAGCAGCCACGGGGCUUUCUCUGUGGACCUCUACACCGGACUGAUCCGCACCACCAGGUCUCUGGACAGAGAAAGUGUUUCUCARUACACCCUCAGAGCUGUGGCCACAGACAGCUGCGCUCAGGGACCGCUGAGCUCUGUGGCAUCUGUCACCGUACAGGUGGAGGACGUGAACGACAACCCGCCAGUCUGUGACCAGAAUCCCUUCAACGCUUGGGUUUCCACGAGAACUCCACCAAACCAGAUAGUUACCACGGUGGUGGCAACAGAUGGCGACCAGGGCGAGAACGGGACAAUGCAGUUUGUGUUGUCUGAUGRGGAAAACUUGUUUGACGUCAACACAAAUUCAGGGGAGAUUUCACUGAGAAGACGAGUAAGAGCAGGUUUUACUGGGAAAAAGUUGCAGGUGUUGGUUUCAGACCGAGGCCAUCCCUCCCUGACCUCCACCUGCUUGGUUUUCAUCCACCUGAAGGGAGAACAUGAUGGACUUCAGUUCACAAACAAAGUCUACAAUGUUACUGUCGAGGAAAACAGCAGAGCAGGCACCUUGGUCGCAAAAGUAGAGGCCAACGAUGAAACAAACAGCAGACAAAGAAUCACGUACACCAUAUUUAGUGGCAACGAGAAUCUUGUUUUCUCCAUGAAUCRUCACACAGGUGAGAUUCGAGUGCAGAAAGACCACAUCCUGGACUUUGAAGUGAGCCCUCAGAUCCAGCUGGUUGUACUGGCUGACAGUGGAACGCAGACAGCUCACUGCAGGGUUUCCAUCACCCUGCUGGAUGUCAACGACAACUCACCACAGUUUGAACACAGCAGCUACAGAACAUCAGUUUGGGAGGGGCAAGUACGCAACACCUACAUCAUGCAGGUGUUUGCGUCUGACACUGACAGCGGUGUGAACGGACAGAUUGAAUACUCCAUCCUGUCUGGUAACACUAACGAAGCAUUCGUUUUGGAUUCUAUGAGAGGCAUUCUUGCCACCAACGUCUUACUGGACCGAGAGAUCACUUCCUCWUACAAGUUGAUUCUACAAGCAACAGACAAGGGCAAACAACCUCUCAGCAGCACCACCAAUGUUAGGGUCCAAGUGGUGGACAUCAAUGACAACAGCCCCGUCAUUCCCCCCAUGAAGCCCGUGUUUAUAGCUGAAAAUCUACCAGCAGGGUAUCUGGUCACUCAGGUGGCUGCGAAUGACGUGGACCUGAGCUCAACCAUCACCUACAGCUUUUCAGACAACAGCAGUACCAGCCAUCCCUUUGCAAUCGAUCGCUACACUGGAGCCAUUACCCUGACGCAAGCUCUAGACUUUGAAAUAAAGUCAGAAUAUAGUCUGACAGUGUGGGCGUCCGACUCGCUCCAUCAGACCACGGGAGAGGUUAAAGUUCAAGUGUUUGAUGCCAAUGACAACGCUCCUGUCUUCACACAGGCUUCUUAUCAGGUGGAGCUGUCAGAGCUGGUCACAGAAGAUACGUUAGUUGUGGCUCUUGCUGCUACAGACGAGGAUUCAGGACUCAAUGGCAAUAUCAGCUACACAUUGCUCUCAUCUCCUCUUCAAGGCUUCUACAUCCAGCCAGACUCUGGUGCUGUUUUCACCAGUAAGCCCUUGAAGGACUUGGCAAACAGCAACCCGAUCCAUCUUCUGGUUGAGGCAAGAGAUGGAGGCGAUCCUGUUCUAUCCACUGUCACUUCUGUCAGCAUCAAGAUUCUGGACAACAAUGACCAUGAGCCUUUGUUUCUCAAGGACGUCUACGCUCUUUCUGUCCCUGAAGACACGCCCACUGAGACCACCCUUCUUACUUUGUCUGCAGAGGACAAAGACUGGAGCCCUGAAAAUACCCAUCUGGACUAUGACAUCAUCAGCGGAAACGAGAGAAAACGAUUUUGUUUGGAAGUGAAAAUGAUACUAAUUGACAAUCGAAUGUCGAAUGUAGCAAAGCUUGUUCUGUGCCAACCUUUAGACCGUGAAACAACUGAGAGCUAUGUACUAACGGUUACUGUUUCUGACAGAGGAACGCCUCCACUGAACAGCUCAGCGGUCAUCAAGGUGAUCGUUACAGACUUCAAUGAUAACCCUCCUGUUUUCUCCAGCACAGAGUACCACACGCAAGUAAGUGAAAACAGCCAGAUAGGUACCAGUGUGGUCCAGGUCACUGCUCAGGAUCCUGAUCUGGGAAUCAACGGCCUUGUGCGAUACAGCAUUGUUUCUGGGAAUGAUAAAAACCACUUCAAACUAGACUACCAGACAGGCCUUUUGUUGGUCAACCAUUCCCUUGACUAUGAGCAGGACUUAAAAUACGUCUUGACCAUCAGAGCAGCCGAUGGAGGCGAAGCAUCUGAAAACUCUAAAGUGGCCUUUACUGUUGUCUUCAUUGAAGUCUUAGAUGAGAAUGACAACACACCAUACUUCAUGUUCCCUACAAUGAACUGUUCCGUGCUGGAAAACCUCCCAGCUUUUACUCAUGCGUGUUCUGUUCAUGCUGUUGACAAGGAUUUAGGCCCCUACGGCAAGCUCACCUAUUCUAUUCUGUCCUCUUGCUUCAUGGACUACGGAAGUGGCAGCCCAGAGAGGAAGGAGGCUUUUGCCAUUGACCCCCUCACAGGAGGUAUCCACACCAGACAAACAUUUGAUUACGAACGGGAAAGUGAGUACUGCUUUGUAGUAGAGGCCAGAGACAAAGGGGACAAAACAGCAAGAGUGAGAGUGCAGAUGAGCAUUAAGGGAGUGGAUGAGUUUAGUCCUAUUUUUACUCAGAAGCAGUACAACUUCCUUCUUCCAGAAAACAUCAAAACUGGAGAUACAGUUGGUUUUGUGAUGGCGAUGGACCAUGAUGGAGGGGUGGACGGACUAGUAGAGUACUCUCUCCUGAAUUCAUCGCCGUUUUUCUCAAUUAACAAAACGAUUGGUGCCAUCUUUGUGUCCGAUCCUAUAAAUCGCAGGGGAGGUAGCUAUGCCAACAAGGACACAGUGGAACUGACUGUGUCUGCAGGAAGUCCCAAACUGGGCUCCAGGACUACAACUUGCCUUGUUUUUAUAAAUAUCUCCAGCUCAGCUGAAGCACUUGUCGGGGUUCAUCUUGAAUCACACAUGCUUAGUUUGAGUCUCGCACUGCUCUUGUUCCUUUUUGUCCUUGUCAUCUUUGUGGGUUUGGUUUUCAAAUUUAAAGUUAAAGAAGCCACCCUUGGAAAGGCAGCUGCAGUUGUUCCACACUUGAACCAUAGUACUGGCUCAUUUGAUGAAUCCAAUGGCCAAAUGCAGAGAGCUAUAGCUUUGCAAGAUUUACCACAGUGUAGAAUCUUGGUUACAAAGAGGGACAACGUAAACUCAUACAAUCACUCAGACUCCAGUGGUCGUGGAUCAGCAGAGGGAGAGACAGCUGAAGAUCAGGAAAUCAAAUGGAUCAAUGAGUACCCUUGCCACAAAGAAGACACAUUUGAGAAACAUGCCACAGAAAUUCCUAACUUUGCAUUACCAGGAGAUGAUCUUUCCUGCCACUCUAUAAAUGUUGGAUCAAAACCCAUUCUAUCGCUUAAUAAAGGUUUAACCACAGGAAUGUCCAUCAUAGAAAGUCUCCACCAUUUCAAAGAGGAGGGAGGAGGGGAGGGUUUAAUACUUAGAGUGAAUGAUUUAGAGGACUGCAUGGGGACUAAAGGAUACACCCCACUCUCUGAAGCCCAAGCCCCUGCAGACUCUCUGUCUUCAUUGUUUUACCUCGAGGAGCAGCUACAGGGCAGCUACAGCUGGGACUACCUUUUAGACUGGGAGCCACGCUUCCAAGCUCUGGCUUCAGUCUUCACCGAUAUUAGUAUGCUCCCUGAUGAGGAGCUUCAAGGUGGCCACGAGGACUUAGCAGCAGAGACAAACUGUCUGAUAUACCCACCUCCUCUAAUAACUGGAGUGGCACAGCCUGGCAUUAGGACUGUUCCUUCAAGAAGGCCAAGACGAAUGCCAAGCCUGAGCAGGAAGCCCUCCUUCCCCAAAUAUGCUUAUUCGCCCUUAGCCAGGAAUACAGGACUUACCCCAUCGGCUAUGACGCCCACUUUCUCCCCAUCACUGUCCUCUCUCACUGUCAGGACCCCCAAYGCCUCACCAGUUGUCUCAGAUGCUGGGGUGGGAGGGAUCAGASUUGACUCAGGACCCCUCACUGCAAGUCUUUUGGAGCCUGACAUUCAAGUAUAAACAAAAAUUUUUAUUCUGUUUUUCUCACAUUUGAAAUACGUUUAAAAAAUGUGUUUUUUGAUUGUCCUGGAGCAUAUUUAGGUUUUUACACACACUGGUUCAGUGGGUAAAGAGUAAAUGCAAAGAGCACAGUUAUUACGAGUUUUUUUUAAUUUACCUCAAGGUUGAUUUCAAUACUGACCUUAAUGAUAAAUCUAAACUGGUGUAAAAAGCCUGAAAUUGAGCCUGUUUUGAAUUAUAUUUUUGUAAUUCAGUAUGUGAAUAAGCGCAGAUGUUCUAGUCAGCAAUUAUUUAUUGAUUGUUUUAUUUUAAACAUAUUCAUAUGUGCAGAAAAUGAAACACUUCACUGCUGUUAGAUUUUUCUAAUUUAAAACUUAUUAUAUGUGCUUUCACUUUGAUAAUAUCUUUGUGGAAUCAUAAAAGUACUUUUGUUGAAACCAGGGCAUUCUUUUUCCUGCUUUUUAAUAGAUUUUGUAUUUAAAAGUCAUCUAUUCAACAAAUGUAUUUACCUGCUUCUCCUCUCCAAUUUCUAUGGAUCUGGUCCUUCUCACCAGCAGUCACUGUGCAAAAGGCGAGGAACACAUUGGACAGGUCGUAGGUCCGUCACAGAGACAAACAACCAUUCAUACUCUUACUCAAACAUAGGGACAAUACUAAUGAACCUAACUUGCAUGUUUUUAGUCUGUGGAAGGAAAAUGAAGUACCCAGAGAAAACCCACAUGAUGCAGCUCUAACCUGCACUGCAGUGCUGCCCUAAUAAAAAAAGACCAACAAAAUCUAAACAAGAGCUAACUUUACUUUUGGACCCUAUUUGAUAUUAAUAUUUUUUAAAGCAAAAAUAAGGUCUAGUUAUAUAGACAUCCCCAAAAUCAAAAGAAAACUUUUAUUUCACUGUUGAACAGAUUUAAGACAGGGACAAUGUUGUUUUACUGUCAUUUUUAAAAACAUCUAUUUCUACAUUAUUGUUGUUGAACUCUUGAAUAGAACUGAUUUGUUUCUGUCAUGGUUUUUGUGUACCCAUGUCAAUAUACAGCACUUUAUGUUUGUUUUUAUUGUUAUUAUUUUUUUACUUUGAAUAUUAAUAAAUUUGCUAAGAAUUUUYCAAUAAAGAAGUUUGUCUUUUA